AUGGGCAAGAAGGAGGUUGAAAGCAUUCCUGCUGUGACAGUAGAUGAUGCUGGUGAGGACGCAGUGACAUAUAAUGAUGUGCAUGUCAACUUCACUCAGGAAGAGUGGGCUUUGCUGGAUCCUUCCCAGAAGAAUCUCUACAAAGAUGUGAUGGUGGAAACUUACAGAAACCUCACUGUUAUAGGUUACAAGUGGGAAGAUAAUAUUGAAGAGCACUGUCAAAGUUUUAGAAGACAUGGAAGGUAUGAAAGAAGUCAUACUACAGAGAAACCUUCUGAAUAUACUCAUUGUGUUAAAGCCUUUGAAUGUCAGACCUUUGAAUGUCCCAAUCAUCCGCAAAGGCAGUUAAGAAGACAUACUGGAGAGAAACCCUAUGAAUGUAAACAGUGUGGUAAAGCCUUUGCAGAAGACAGUUAUCGACAAGUACAUGAAAGAACACAUACUGGAGAGAAAACCUAUGAAUGUAAUCAGUGUGGUAAAGCCUUUAUGUAUCACAAUCAUCUUCAAAGGCACAAAAGAACACAUACUGGAGAGAAACCCUAUGAAUGUAAACAGUGUGGUAAAGCCUUUUCAUGUCAGAGUUAUCUUCAAAGUCAUAAAAGAACACAUACUGGAGAGAAACCCUAUGAAUGCAAUCAGUGUGGUAAAGUUUUUGCACAAUACAGUCAUCUUCAAAGUCAUAAAAGAACACAUACUGAAGAGAAACCCUAUGAAUGUAAUCAGUGUGGUAAAGCCUUUUCAUGUCAGAGAUAUCUUCAAAUUCAUAAAAGAACACAUACUGGAGAGAAACCCUAUGAAUGUAAACAGUGUGGUAAAGCCUUUGCACAAUACAGUCAUCUUCAAAGUCAUGAAAGAACACAUACUGGAGAGAAACCCUAUGAAUGUAAUCAGUGUGGUAAAGCCUUUGCACAAUACAGUCAUCUUCAAAGUCAUGAAAGAACACAUACUGGAGAGAAACCCUAUGAAUGUAAUCAGUGUGGUAAAGCCUUCUCAUGUCAGAGAUAUCUUCAAAGUCAUGAAAGAACACAUACUGGAGAGAAACCCUAUGAAUGUAAUCAGUGUGGUAAAGCCUUUGCACGUCAAGAUCAUCUUCAAAGGCAUAAAAGAACACAUACUGGAGAGAAACCCUAUGAAUGUAAUCAAUGUGGUAAAGCCUUUGCACAAUACAGUCAUCUUCAAAGGCACAAAAGAACACAUACUGGAGAGAAACCCGAUGAAUGUAAUCAGUGUGGUAAAGCCUUCUCAUGUCAGAGAUAUUUUCAAAGUCAUAAAAGAACACAUACUGGAGAGAAACCCUAUGAAUGUACUCAGUGUGGCAAAGCCUUUUUAUGUCACAAUCAUCUUCAAAAGCAUAACAGAACACAUACUGGAGAGAAACUCUAUGAAUGUAAUGAGUGUUGUAAAGCAUUUUUUAUGUCACAGUUAUCUUCAAAACAUAAAAGAACACAUACUGGAGAAAAACCCUAUGAAUGUAAUCAGUGUGGGAAAACCUUUGCUGAAGAUAGUUAUCUUCAAGUACAUGAAAGAACACAUACUGGAGAGAAACCCUAUGAAUGUACUCAGUGUGGCAAAGCCUUUUUAUGUCACAAUCAUCUUCAAAGGCAUAAC